CCGCCCGCUCCUGGCGCCCCCGUCCCUCCUCUGGCCGUGCCGCUCGCUACGAGCCGGGCAGGACGUUGUGUCCGCCCGCUUCACGCUGGGUCCCCGGCGCGGCGCUGAGAUGAAGGCGGGCGUGGUUCACUGUAGAUGUCCCAGAUGUUUUUCUUUCCCUUCCAAAAGAAGGAUAAUAAAACGGCCUCGAGUCCUGACAUUCUUAAACCUGCCUGAGGAUGUUCUGUUUCACGUCCUGAAAGGCCUCCCUGCUGCUGACAUCCUCUCAGUCAGAGCUGUGCACUCACACCUUAAAUACCUUGUGGAUAAUCAUUCCAGUGUUUGGGCACACGCAAGUUUCCAAGACAUGUGGCCUUCUCCAAACAACCUGAGAAUGUUUGAAAGGGCUGCUGAAAGUGGGAACUUUGAAGCUGCUGUGAAGCUGAGCUUGGCUUACCUGUACAACGAAGGCUUGUCCAUCACGGGCCACGGCCGUGCAGAGGUGAAUGGAAUAAAGGCAUCUCACUACUUCAGCUUGGCAGAGCACCUGAAUGUGUGUGCAGUGCCCUUCAUCUGGCUCUUCAUCCGUCCUCCCUGGUCCUUCACUGGAAGCUGCUGUAAAGCUGUGGUCUAUGACAGUCUCAAAGCAGAGUGUCAGCUUGAGAAGGCUCAAAAAGGAUCUAUUCUCCACAGCUUGGCUAAGGUCUUGAAUUUCUUUGAGGAUGAAGGAAAAAAGAAAGAAUCCCUGGAAAUGCUUGAGGAGUCAUCCAGGCAGGGUUGUUUAAUCAGCUCCUACCUCCUUUGGGAAAACAACAGAAAGGCUGCUAUGUCAGAUCCUGGCAGAUACCUCCAAAGUCUCAGGAAGCUCCGAGACUACGCAGCAAAAGGCUGCUGGGAAGCACAGAUAGCUUUAGCCAAAGCUUGUGGGAAUGGAAACCAGCUAGGAUUAGAAGCAAAGUCUUCCAGGGAAAUGGUUUCUCAAAUCUUUCAAGCUUCCCUUCCUAUCAGCAAGCAGAGCAUCUUCACUGUGCAGAAAGGAAUGAAUGAAAUAAUGAGGUACAUCCUGGUGGACUGGCUGGUGGAAGUGGCCACCAUGAAGGACUUUUCCAGCCUGUGCCUUCACAUGACAGUGGGGUGUGUGGAUCGUUACUUGAAGCUGCGACCUGUGCCUCGUGCUCGGCUCCAGCUUUUGGGAAUAGCCUGCAUGGUCAUUUGCACACGUUUCAUCAGCAAAGAGAUGCUGACGAUACGAGAAGCUGUGUGGCUGACAGACAACUCCUACAAGUAUGAAGAGCUGGUCAGAAUGAUGGGAGAGAUCAUUUCUGCCCUAGAAGGAAAGAUAAGGAUACCCACCAUUUUGGACUACAAGGAAGUUCUGUCAAGCAUAGUCUUGCUGGAGAGAAGAACUCUUCACCUUUACAGCUUCAUCUGUGAGCUGUCCCUGCUGAACACGAGCCUCAGUGUGUACUCCCCGGCCCGGCUGGCGGCUGCAGCUCUGCUGCUGGCCAGGAUACUGCACGGCCAAGCACACCCCUGGACCAGCCAGCUGUCUGAGUGCACCGGUUUCUCUCUUGAAGACCUUGUGCCCUGUGUGCUGAGCCUCCACCAGAAGUGCUUCCAUGAUGAUGUCCCAAAGGAUUAUAGGCAGGUGUCCCUCAUGGCAGUGAAACAGCGAUUUGAGGAUGAGUGUUAUGAAGAAAUAGGCAAAGAACAGGUGAUGAGCUACAGCCAGCUCUGCUCGGCUCUGGGUGUGAAACAGGAGGACCCAGAGCCCAGUCCCUUGCAUAGGAAUGUGGUGGAAAUUCAGACUUUCCUCAGCUCUCCCUCUGGAAAGAGAGCUAAAAGGAGGAGGGAAGAUAGCAUUCAGGAUGACAGGGGCAGCUUUGUGACUACGCCCACAGCAGAGCUGUCCUCCCAGGAAGAAAGUCUGCUGGACAACUUCCUUGACUGGAGUUUAGAUUCCUGCUCUGGUUAUGAAGGUGAUCAGGAAAGUGAAGGCGAGAGAGAAGGAGAUGUGACGAGUCCCAGUGGGAUCCUGGAUGUGACUGUGCUGUACCUGGACCCUGCAGAGCACUGUGGCCAGGACUCCAGUGACGAUGACAGCCCCGCCAGGGACUGGGAUGAGCCUGCGGCGCCCCAGAGGGACAUGGAGCUGCCAGUGGAGCAUCUCAGCCCAAGGAAUUCCAGCCCGGAGGGGAGCUCGGGCUACUCCUCUGUCAACAGUGCCAGUCCCACCUCUUCUGUGGGAGGCAGCCCUGGAGUUCCCCCCAAACCUACCUCAGCACUGCCCCCCAGCAGUGCCAUGAACAGGGAGCCGCCCCGGCCCCACGACCUGCACAGGAGGCAAGUCAAGAGGAAAAACAUGGCAGAACACACUGAAGAGAGGCUGAACUUGGGCUUCUUAAGCCUCUGAUUUCUUCGUGCUUUUAACUUGUCCAGGAUUCCUGGAAACCGUGUUUCUGUUGCAGUCAUACAGGGAUGAUAGUGAAUAUUGUAAAUACCUCCAAAAAGCAAUCCCCUUUCCCUCAGCCUUGUCUGUCCUGUUUCUGUAGCUCCCAUCUGGGCUCUUUCCUCCCUUCACAGCUGCCUCUUUACAUGUCCCCUAUUGUCUGAUCCUCUGCUAACUAAGGUUCAGCUCCCUCUAUGAACAUUUUUAGCUCACUUUUGUCAUCCCUCCUAGUGAUAAAAAAGAACUGUCCUGUCCCUUGCUUCCUCUGAGGCCUGGCACUAUGAAAUUAAUUGACAUAGGAUCUCAAGUUUCUGAAUGUAACACUAUGCUUGAAUUCUUCCACUUGAAAGACCUCUUUUGAGGUUGUGCUGCCUUUUUAUUCUGGCCAGGUCUCCCUCAGCUCCCCUCUCGUGUCUAUGGCAUUUGCUGCACUGAUCCAAGGUUUUUAUGGAAAAACCCCAGAGGUAAAUGAAGGCUCACUGCAGGUCUGAGCUGCUCUCUUACCUACCUCUCAUAUGGUUUAAACCUCAUUUGCCUCUUCUCUUGUUGCCAUGUUUUCCUCACCUGAAAAUUCCUUCUGUGCCUUAACACAUAAUGAACAUAGGAAUACCAAGGUACAAGACUUCCAGGAGGUGUCCCUGAAGUUAACACUGGAACUGGACUCCAGGGCUGUUUGGAAGUUACUGUGGCAUUGGCAACAGUUCAGAUACACACAGUGUAGUGAGUGUUUAUUGACAUUGUUUUUUAUAAAAUUGUUUUGUUAAUA